AUGGCGUCGACGCCCUCCGCGCGGCCGUCGAGCAUCGCCAUCGACGACGCCAACGACCGGCCGCUGGACGCGCCGUCGUCCCCCGUGGCGGCCAUGGUGGACCUGUCGCUGUCCCCCGCGCCGCCGCGCGGCGCCCAGGAGCACGACGAGGAGGACGAGGACGAGGACUACGACCUGGCGUCCGCCUCGAAGCUCAUCCCGCUGUCCAUGACGGACUCGGCCAGCGGCGCGCGCCCGCUGCCGUCGCUGCAGUCGCCGCUCAUGUUCCGCGACGUCCCGUUCGCGGGGCUCUUCGUGCUGCACCUGGUGCUGCUGCUGGUGGCCACGGGCAGCAUCCGCUCGGCCGGCGAGCAGGAGGAGCAGGAGCAGGAGCGCAGCGACGUCGUGGGCGGCCUGCAGGACUCGCAGGACGACGCCGACGUGGGCGUGGCGCUGCGCUCGCUGUGCGUGGUCAACGUGCUCUUCGCGCUGGGUUGGCUGCUGCUAUUUAUUUUCUACUCCAAGCUGCGCUUCGUGCAGGGCUCGUGCGUCUUCUCCAUCGCGGGCCUCUCGGCGCUGGCGGCCAUGCUGUUCCUGCUCGAGUCCAGCGACGGCCUGUUCUGGGCCGUCGUCUGCGCGGGCGUCGUGGUGCUCGACUUGGCCUGGUACGUCCGCUCCAACCACGGACUGGACUUCGUCGCCGUCUUCUUCGAGCUCGUGGUCGAGUUCCUGCUGGCGCACCCGGCGCUCGGAUAUGCCACGUGCGCGGUGCUGGUGGCGUACACGAUCUGGGCCAGCUGGAUCUGCACGACGAUUGGCUAUGUUGGCCGCGAGCUGUCGCCCUGGAGCUUGUCGAUCAUCUACCUGGUCUUCCACUUCUACUGGACGUCCAACGUGCUCAAGAACAUCCUGACCAUCGUGGCCUCGGGCACGACGAUGAUCUGGUACUACCGCAACGAAUCGACCGAGAUCUCGCCUGACGUGCGCGAGAACAUCUCGGACCACGACUCGCCCAGCGAUGCCAAUGGCCAGCCGCAAGACGCCCCCGCCGAUUACCUGGACAGGAAGGUGGUGCUGCACUACGCGCGCUGUGCGAUGACAAGCUCGUUCGGAUCCAUCUGCAUCGGCUCGCUGCUGUGUCCCCUGGCUCACCUCGUGUGGAACGCGCUGCGCUGGGCCCGGCGGGACGAGUCGGUGCUGUCACGGCGGUUCAUCUCGCUGCGCUCGGAGCGGGUGGAGCACUUCAUCCGCACGUACCACAAGUACUCGUUCGUGCACAUCGCGGGCUACAACAAGACCUACUAUGUGGCCGCGCAGGAUGCAUGGAGACUAAUCGAGCACCACGGCGUGGAGGCGAUCGUGGACGACGACUUGACGAGUCGCAUCCUGCUGCUCGGAGGCAACGGCUGGGCGGGCGUCAUGAGCGCGCUGACUGCGUCGGCCCUCGCUGGCGCAUCGACCCACGCCACCUUCUUCACGCUCACAGCGUUCACGCUCUGCUACACGACCAUCUCGCUGGCCACGCAGGUGAUAGCGGCCGUCAUCAAGACGCUGUUCGUGUGCUUCGCCGAGAACCCGGGGCGCCUGAGCCAGCUGCACCCGCUCAUCUACCACCGCUUCGUGCGACUCGCCGAGCUCAAGAGCUUCCGCGACCACAAGGCACCAGGCAGCACAAGAGCAUAGACUACCACCACAGGACUUCUGACGAAUCUCACCUGGCGUUGAGGCAUGAGGAGGUAGAAUGGCUUGGACUGCGAACCAAACUGAAUAGCACAUAGGACACCGAAUUAGCCUUACAGGCCUUGCAACGACUUCAACAGCAACAAGUACCCGCCGGAAAUCAU